AGGUACUUCAAGAGGCCAAACAAACGUCUGGGAGAAGUUGCUUCGCAGUGAGUGGCUGCACGUGACUGACCCACCUGCACGCGCACAAUACACACGCACCCAUCCAAACACACACGUGUAGAUGCAUGUCACUUUGCUGACUUACCAAAGAGUUCGCGCAGGUCCCUUCGCGCAUUGAGUUUGACGCACAGCUUGCGGGGGAUCUUGAUACAUCUUAAUCAGACGCAUGCAUCAUGCUGUGCAAAUUCUGCACACACACAUACAUACCCACGUAUCAGGCGACUGAUUGAUGUAUAUGUCACCUGGUGAGUGAGACAGAGGCCGUCCAGCAGGCGCUGCCAACAGCCGGGCACCGAGUCCCUGUGUGUGAGUGAGCGCAGAAAUUUGCGCAUUUGCACGGGUAAGAUUCAUGCAUCGGCGGAUCGGUCUCUGUCCGUGUGUCGGAUACCUGGGUACGACUUCCCAGAGUGACGACUGCACUCCCCCGCCCUCCUCGUCACCAACACCCGUGCUGAACCACAACCAUCACCCCCCCACACACACAACAAUGAGGGCUCACGCGUUGAUGUCAUUCAUUCACCAUGUGUCGGCAUGCGUACCUGCUGGGCGUGUGCUUCUUUGGGGGGAUGUUCGUGUCGGGCACCAGAGGGCUGCCCGCACAGGUGAAUAGGAGCAUGCACGUACAGCCACGUAUGCACACUUGCACAUGUCCUGCGUCGCCUGGACGUACCGCGGACGGUCGACAGGGACGUUGGUGGAUUGACACACGCAUCCAUCCAUACCCAACACAACACGUGUAUGAGUGGGUGGGUGGGUCCAUGCUUCAGUGUCUCACUCACCCAUGAUGCUGCUGAUGCCGAUGGUGGUUGCUCGGACAGCUGUUCGUGCGAACUCCGCAACCUAGACGCGCACACAUCCAUCCAUCCAUCCAUGGAGACAGGCAUCGGUCAAUGAGUGUGUAUGUGUGCGGGUACCUCUUUGUUGAGUCUGUCCAGCUCUCCUUGCAGUUGUCGUCAGUCGUGCUGGGGCAGACAAUGCAGGAACGCUGCACACCACAAACACACACACGACACAAGCAUGCAUACAUCCAUCCAUACGUGCACCGACCGAGAGAUCGUGUGGAUGUGUGCGUGUGUGUGGUCUUUACGUGCGCCAUUCUUCGGCACCAUGCAUCCGUGUCGCGUUUGGAAUGGGGCCGACAGAGCCGCCGCUCCUCCACUAGCAACAGAGAAACAUACACGUGGGGGUGUCCGUGGGUGCGUACCUGAGGAAGUUGACGCUUUCGAUAGGUACGUACCGCAUUGAUAUAUGUGAGUGGGCGUCCACAUGACUUCCAUCAUAGCAAAACAUGGUGGUCAUAGCACUAACAAAACACACGAAUAACUCAUCCAUCCAUCCAUGCGCGUGCAGUGAGUGCGCCUGUGCUGUCUCUGGCGACCUGAGCAUUCUGUAGCUGAGAGUCAUUUUGUAGAGCGACGGGGGCAGAGACAGAGGUAAUGUCAUAAUAAGGGGUAUUCAUUCAUUCACACAUGUCCGUGUGCUCAUUGUGGGUGGGCGUGUGUGUUCAUACGCAUAAUGGUCGAUGAGGUCCGUCAUGGUGGCCAUGGAUAGGGGCAACGCAAGGGCCACAUCCAUCCAAAUCACCUGCAGGAGGCGAUGAUACGCACAAGUGAAUUUCUGGGUGUCUGUGGCCCAGUGGGAGAGGGUGCGUGUGUACCUAUGUAUGUGUACCUUCUCCAACAUGCGAGCCUCUCACGGGCACAGACGAGGAACAUGGAUUUGUGUCUUCGUGUGUGGACAGAGCUACGCACUGUAUGGACGUACCAAUCUUCGCUGUCUGACAUUCCUACACACGUACCAAGAAUCUAUGAGAGCUCCUCGUGUGGGCACGCACGUACACACCGGGUGUGAGGCAGCCGGCCAGGUGGUCCUUCGUCCUGCUCGUCCCCUCACCCCCGGUGGUCGUUGAUUUUGCCGACGACGAGGUGCGCCCAUGUCGGCGGCUUAGAACUACCUCGGUCAGAUUUCGCCGUGGGGUUAGCCAACCCUAAACCUUAAGCCCUAAACCCUAGAAUAAACCGAGCCGCCAAAUUUUAAACCCUAUCACCCUAAAAACCCUGGAGUUCAACACAUACUUGACUGAGGGUUUAGGGUUUUGGGGAUAUUGAGUGACCAAAGUCUAUUCGUGCAUACGCACGUGUGCGCACAGAGACAUUCAUCAUAUGCAGACACUCCAAGUCCACAUGUAGAAUUUACUUUCAAGCUAGGAUCCUAUCUCCGACGUCAACGCGCUCCGAGCGCGGAUCUUGCCCCCUUGCCCAGACCCCUUCCCGCGGGCGUGAUGUACGAUGUGCGUUUGACGUACGAUGUGGAAGAGGCGAUCUUUAACGUGCAAGCGUUAGGUCUUCCAGUCAUUUCCCUCCUUUCUUUCGCCAACUCGCUCUCUCUUUCUCCCAGCCUAAUCUGAUACGUGUCUCUACCUGCUCUACACUGCUUGUUCCUUUCAGCGUUUUUGCCUCUGUCCUCAGCUUCUCUUUUCUCUGAGCACCUUCAGUGUGUGUUGUCCCUCGGUGGUCGAAAAUGACGACGGCUCUCGCGCGCCUCCUCGUCAUCUGCUUCUUCGGUACACACAAAAACACAGAAACCAAAGACCAGUCUAUGCGACCCUGUCCUUCUUCAUGCAGCCGCCGCGUGCAGUACAGGGGGUCGAAGCGCUUCGGCGAGACCAAACAGAGUGAGAAGGAUGGCCCUGUUCUCAUGCCCACUGCACACUUGUAUUCUGUAUGCAGGCGUCAAGGUCUUCGCUUCAGGCGGCGUCAAGGUUUUCCCCUCAUCAAACAGUACUGACAGUGGUGCCGAUGCGGCAACUUCCCGCCGACAACUUGAAGGUGCUAA